AUGAUGGUCCCCCUGAAGAAGGGGAAAUCCCUGAGGCAGAACCUUAAGGAACAUGGCUUGCUGGAGGAUUUCCUGAAGAAAAACCCUUACAAUCCGGCCUCCAAGUAUAUUCCCAGGCUGGCCAACGAGGCUGCCACCGAGUCCCUAACAAACUACAUGGACGUUGAGUAUUAUGGAACCAUCUCAAUUGGUACGCCCGCUCAGGAUUUCACUGUCAUUUUCGACACCGGUUCCUCCAACCUGUGGGUGCCCUCCGUGUACUGCUCCAGUGAAGCCUGCAAAUGUAAUCGCUCCCUUUGGAAUCUGGCCAGGAGCCUGGAGAGAGCACGCUUUGCCUCCCCAAGGGAGUCAGGCUCUUGUACCUCUGGCUUUGAAAGUAUGGAUGUCGAUGGGCUCUGGAUCCUCGGAGACGUCUUCAUCCGCCAGUACUAUGUUGUCUUCGACAGGGCCAACAACAAG